ACCUUCAUCUUACAGGAGCUCAGUCAAUCUAUUCUCAGAGGUCAUGGCAGAUCCAAGGCCUCAACAAGGUAGUGCCAAUACCUCUGCCAACCGAGGCCAUCGUGGAGGACGUGGUUGGCGAUUUGGUCGAGGUGGACGAGGACGAGGAUCGCGAGGUCGUUUCUCCAAGAAUGGACAAUCAGUUCCACCUGAGAAUCCUGAUAAUGAAUCCCCAGACGUUGUCUCAAACAAGGUAGGUUGACUGUUCUCUUUGCCUGGCAAUAUCCUCAUGAUGAUAGAAUCCAAACCACCCCAACAGACACAGUCAGACGGCCUCUCGGGGGAAUCUUCAUGUUGAGGUUUGUCCAGCCACUGCUCAUGCUCAUGCUCAUUGCUUCCAAAUGCUGAAUCCACCACAGAACAAAAACUCCAAGGCGCCUUCGAGAGGGUCGAAAGUUUCAUCCUCCCGUGACAGAGGAAGCAAACGUGCUCACAAUGUAGCGAAGAAGACUGAUAUCCCUUCUAUUCCUUCGCAGCAAGCGACAGACAACGACAACAGUCCUCUUUCGAUUACCUACUCCGCCAAAGCAGACAAUGAUCAAUUCGUGGACAAGCCAUCCAGCUCAAUUAGGGCAGACAAGCACACAGAGCAGAGACUGGGCAAAGAACUUCCGAUCAUCAAACCGCGUCCAUUUAUCCAGAAAACAAAGCCCGCCCCCUUUCAGCGGCUGCCUGCUGAAAUUCGAUGGAAAAUAUACCAAUAUCUCUUCGGCACGUACAGAGUCGACAUCCUCCGUCAAAAGAACAAGGACAAGUCUAAACCCGCUUACCGUCUUUACCACCGCCAGUUGUAUCCUCGAAAUCCUAAAAACCAAGGCACGCCUCCCCCAUUAGCCGCUUCGGCUAGACUCCUUCCGCCCCCGUUCAGUCUCGUCUUCACCUGCAAGAGUAUCUACUGCGAUACCCUUCUUCUGCUGUACUCGAAGACUCAAUUCGUAUUUCACUCCACCCGGGCCGUUACCAGGUUCCUGCAAACAACAAGUAAAGACGCUCAGGCUUCGAUCCACCAUAUCGAGCUCAACCACAUCAUGUAUCACGAACCGCAUCUGACGGAGUUCCGUCCCUUCAAACUUCGCAGCGACAUAGCCUGGUACUUGGCCUGUGAGGAUUUGUCUCUCUGUCUCACAUCCCUGCGUGUGUUGCACAUCAACCAGACCAUCUGGGACUGGCCCAUCCGGUUGCUGAUUGGAGAGCUCUGGUCGCUGCCGCUGUUAUUCUUCCGCGGACUAGAAUACGCCGAUGUCAAGCUGUGCAUGUCUAUGUUCAAAGAAGACAAAUUGAAGCAGGUGGCCAAAUUGUUAGAGGAAAGGAUCAUGAACGCCGAGGCGUAUCAGAGUCGAGAAGAUGAGAGGCUGGCGAAGGAAUUGAGGGGACCGGUUAGAGCAAACGUUUUGAAGUUGGUUUUUUGAGUCUUUUCUGUUUAUGAUUUUAUGAUUUCGCAGGACUGUCACGAGAUAAGAUGAAAAUAUGGGAUCUCUAGUUUGGGUUAACAUAGAUAGUAAUACUUGAAGAAAGGAAGUUUUCAGCUAAAUCGAAUCAUCGUUCGUUGGGAU